CACACAUUCGUACUCCCUCUAGCCAUUCUUUGCCGCGUCUCUCCGCCUUUUUUUUGUGCGUAAAUAACACGUUUACCUUUACGCACCGCUCAGGAAGGCGGAAGGUGCGCCAAGGCUCCCGCCAUAACGCUUACCCACCUGCUCGCUCUCUGUUCUGGGCUCGAUUAUGGUCACAACCCCCGCGGUGCCAAGGUGGAGCCGCCGCGCGUUUCUCGGAUCGGUGCGCUCCUCCAGGGGCUGGGAUGCGCACCGGGCACCUCCCGCUUCCUGCCGAGCUUUGGGUCUGAGCAACGGGGGGAGGAGUCCAGUGCAGCCCCGGGGCGCCGAGCCAGGAGGACCCAGUCGACCCGGAGCAGGAUGCCGGUGAUGAGAGGGCUGCUGGCCCCGCAGAACACCUUCCUGGACACUAUCGCCACACGCUUCGAUGGCACCCACAGCAACUUCGUGCUGGGUAACGCUCAGGUGCAGUCACUCUACCCCAUUGUCUACUGCUCCGAUGGCUUCUGCGAGCUCACGGGCUACGCUCGUGCCGAGCUCAUGCAGAAGAGCUGUGCUUGCCACUUCCUGUACGGCCCCGAAACCAGUGACCGCUUCACAGCACAGAUCCAAGGAGCACUGGAUGAGAGACGCGAGUUCAAGACCGAGCUGGUCUUCUACAAGAAAGAAGGCACUCAGUUUUGGUGUCUUCUGGACAUCGUACCGAUCAAGAACGAGAAGGGCGAGGUGGUACUUUUCCUCGUGUCUCACAAAGACAUCACGGACAAGAAGAAGGACCAGGAUCCGGAGCAGGGACCAGAUACAGCCCGUCUACCUUCCGCAGAUGAGGAGACAGGUCUGGAGGUGCAUCAGGUGACGCGGCCUCCCGGCUUCAACGCCAACCGCCGUCGUAGCCGAGCUGUCCUCUACCAUCUAUCUGGACACUUGCAGAAGCAAGACAAGAGCAAGCUCAAGAUCAACAACAAUAUGUUUGGGGAGAAGCCUCCGAUCCCAGAGUACAAAGUAGCGGCCAUCCAGAAGUCCCGCUUCAUCCUGCUCCACUACGGCACCUUCAAGGCCGGCUGGGAUUGGCUGAUCCUACUGGCCACUUUCUACGUGGCUGUCACUGUGCCCUAUAAUGUCUGCUUCACGGUGGUCGGUGGGCGAGACGAAGGCAGCGCCCCCAGAAGCCCUCCCAGCGUCAGCGACAUCCUCGUGGAGAUCUUAUUUAUGCUAGACAUUGUGUUGAACUUUCGAACCACAUUUGUGAGCACGUCAGGCCAAGUGGUGUACGACGCUCGCUCCAUCUGCGUUCACUACGUCACCACGUGGCUCUUUGUGGACCUCAUUGCAGCCCUGCCCUUUGACCUCCUGUAUGCUUUCAAUGUCAGCGUGUACUUUGGCGUCCACCUGCUGAAGACGGUGCGUCUGCUUCGCUUGCUGCGCCUGCUGCAGAAGUUAGAGCGCUACUCCCAGUAUAGCGCCGUGGUCCUAACCCUGCUCAUGUCCAUGUUCGCGCUGCUAGCGCACUGGAUGGCCUGCGUCUGGUACUUCAUCGGUCGGAGGGAGAUAGAAAGUCCUGGAUCCUGGGAUAUUGGUUGGCUGCAUGAGCUUGCCAAACGUUUGGGGACGCCCUACUUUCUGUCACCCCUGACCGCCCUGUUUCCCACCUCCUCUGGCACCCUCCCAGCCAACAGUAGCCAGUGGAAAGCAUCGGGCUCUAAUGAGUUUGGGGUUCAAGGCCCCUGGAACUCCAGCAAUGUGACAGCAGGCGAAGGCACAUCAGGCACAGGUUUCGGGGUCCUGGGCGGAGGCCCUUCCAUGCGCAGCAGCUACGUGACAUCACUUUACUUUGCACUGAGCAGUCUGACCAGCGUGGGCUUCGGAAAUGUAUCAGCCAACACUGAUUCGGAAAAGAUUUUCUCCAUCUGCACCAUGCUCAUCGGAGCGCUGAUGCAUGCUGUGGUGUUUGGCAACGUGACAGCCAUCAUCCAGCGGAUGUACUCACGUCGUUCACUCUACCACACUCGCACUAAGGACCUGAAAGAUUUCAUCCGUGUCCAUCGACUGCCCAAAGCUUUGGAGCAACGAAUGCUGGAAUGUUUCCAGACCACCUGGUCAGUCAACAACGGCAUCGACGUCAGUGAGCUCCUGAAGGAGUUCCCAGAUGAGCUGAGGGCCGACAUCGCCAUGCACCUGAACAAGGAGCUCCUUCAACUGCCUCUCUUUGAGUCAGCCAGCAGGGGGUGCCUGCGCUCGCUCUCGCUCAUCAUCAAAACGUCCUUCUGUGCACCCGGGGAGUUCCUCAUCAGGCAGGGCGACGCCCUACAAGCCAUCUACUUUGUGUGCUCAGGCUCUAUGGAAGUUCUGAAAGACAACACCGUGCUCGCCAUACUGGGUAAAGGCGACCUGAUCGGCUCAGACUCUCUGACCAAGGAGCAGGUGAUCAAAACCAACGCCAAUGUCAAGGCGCUGACCUACUGUGACCUUCAGUACAUCAGCCUGAAGGGCCUCAGAGAGGUGCUGAGACUCUACCCGGAGUACGCCCAGAAGUUCAUCGGCGAGAUCCAGCACGACCUCACCUACAAUUUGCGUGACGGACACGGCAGCGACGCCGACUGGGAAAGCAACGGCGGCUUGGUGAAGAAGCUCCCCUCCAUCCGGGAAGACGAGGAGGGUGAUGAGGAGCAGAACUUGAUAUCCCGCGCGCCCCGCUCCCCACUGCGCCUCAGCAGGGGGCUCAACUCGCCACUGCGCUCCCCUCUGCUUCCGCCCAGACCCUUCCGUGCCCCCACUGAGCAACCCCGCCCUACGACCCUGCAGAUACCUGUGGUCAGCUUCAGCGGCGCGCCCGCUGAGCUCAGCCCCAGGUUUGUGGACGGCAUCGAAACGGAGAACAGUUCCAUGUCAUCCCAGAAGUUUGAGUUCAGCCCCAGCAUGUCACCUGCAGCGCCGCCCUCCCCGUAUCCAACCAACCGGGAGUCAUCUGAGAUUAAGCAGAGUGUGCACAAGUUAACAGAAGAGAUGAAUAACCUCUCCAGACAAGUGUCCCAGCUCAGCCAGGAGCUCCAGGAAAUGACACACCUGCUCAAGCCCCUCCUCCAAAGCCCGCUACAGCCCAUUUUGGCGGCCGCUGUGCCAAACUUGACCCCCCCUCCCAGCAGUGCCAGCAGAUUGUCCACAAGCGUCAGCCUGGCGGUAGCCCCUCCCGCCACGCCAUGCUCACACCUCCAGAGACCAGACACUCAUCAAUCCCUGUUGGACUGUGGGGAUAUCGAAGGCGUGGACUUGUCGCAAUGCCUUCUCCCGACCUCUCAUUCACCACAAAGGCCUCAUCCCUCGCCACCCCCGUCCAACGCCCCCAGUCUCAACUCGCCAAAGGAAGGACUUCUUGAGGAAUCGCUCAUGUUCCGGAGUCCCAAAACCUCCCCCAGCAUGUUUAUGUCCUCGCCGCAGGACCACCCACCGCUGGCCUCUGGCACCCCGUCACCAUCGCUAUCCUUUUCCAUGUCUCUCUCCUCAUCUUCAUCCAUGUCCUCUUGCCGGGGAACCCAACUAUCCCGACCGUCCAGCUGCGUUGUACGAGGAGGUCUGCUCCCACCACCUCCAUCCCAGGACAUGUCUCUACCCCCGUGGCCGCCACACUGUUCUGCGCCCCCAUCUCUUGCAUCCUCACCCAGGGACCGCCAUUUGAAACCUUCCUCAUCCAUCCCCAUUGUAUCCCCCAUCACAUACCCCCGUCCUUCCCUCUUCUCCCUGCCGUUGUCUCUGGACUCACCGGGAUGGAUCAGGAAGUCCGGAGAUUUCCAUCCCAAUCAAGCUUCUCACUUCCACCUGCCAACGGGGCUGGGCGGCGCUCCCCUGCAGGAGAUGGAGAUGCAGGAACGGCAGAGCGAGGCAGGAGAGGGACGGUCAUCCACGGAGAACAUCAGCUUCAUCGAUGAAGACGAGCCAGCAGUGUGAUUGGCAAGCUGAGAGUAGCAGCAGGACAAAAAAAAAAUCUAGAUCCAAAUGAGACCAGAUCAGGGAAUGUCAUGUGCACUGGUUGUCGUUGGGACACAAAGCCAGCGGUCGUGGGAUGGAUCUACAAGAGCACACCUCACGGUCUUACAGUAUCAUAUUAACAGAACCUUGUUGAAUUCAAGACUUGCUUAAUUUAAGACCCAGCAUGGAUGUCUGCUCCCCUUCAAAGUGAAGGUUACAGAACCACUGACAAUUCAGUUGCCCCCCCACACCAAAAAGUGACUACAUUGUAUUUAGCCCUAGCCAUCCGCCCACCUCCUUCCACCACAUUUAAAAAAAAAAAACAGUCAGGAAUUUAAGGGGAAUCCAAUUUAAAACAAACCAGACCCAAGAUCAGUCCUUUUUGAGUACUCUGAUGUUUAAACCAACCUUCAAACUUUCAGGGAUUCGAUAGCAGAGGUAUCUGAUGCCAUACGUACGUUGCCCACCAUAAGGGGGUCGAUUUGUUGCUUUCAUUUUCAGUGGUCUUCAACUUUGAGGGAUUGUUCUCCUACAGUGCACCCAUUGACAUUAAGGGGGACCUAUUAUGCUCAUUUUGUAUUGAUUUGUGGACUCCUAUAGAGCAGCUACACACAAUAACCAGCGCACAAAGCUUUCUAGAUCUUCCAGAGUCUGACCCUAUUCCAGCUGUAUUUCUUUGGAUUUUGUGCAUCAAUGUGCUCAUUACAUGUUUUUUGCGGGACUACCAAUGUUUUAAAAAACCUGGGUAGAGACACUGAUUAUAGGGGGAAAUGGCUAUUCGCAAAGCCGCUCCAUUUAUACACUCAAUAAUGUUACACAGACAACUGCUUUUGUUCCAUGACUUAUACAAGAUAAACACAGUUAGGACACUCAUGAAUUGUUAGUUACUGCUUGCUUUUCUGACUCUUCGAGACGACCAAGUAAUGUUGGAAAGGCAUCAGGCUUCAGCAACAGUUUGUCGGCUAGUCCAGCUGCAUACUGGCCCAUGUUCACAAAAAAGUCCAGUGUGAAAUGCUGUUGACAGAUUAAAACAUAUUUAUUUCACUGGUAGGGGAUCAGGAACUCCAACCACUUAAGCCUGAUGUUUGCAUCGUUAGGAAUUGGAAACAAAUGUAGCUUUCCCUUACACCUGAAGAAACACUUCCUGUGAGCCAUUGCUAACAACAUAAAUACAGAAGCAGAGCUUUGGGGAGGGCAGGGGAAGCAGAACUUGGGGAAGAGUAGAGAUCAUAUCUGGCCUACAGCACGCGUCCAUAUAAGGAAGCCCGCCCAUGUGUGACAUCACAAACCUCCAGUUUUACAACGCCCUCUGAAACUGAGCGUUUUGAGCCAUCCCAAACUUCUUUCAGGGAUCACUUCUAAAUGUGCAAACCUCUUUAUCAGAAACUUUGGCAUUAUUUCAUAUGAGAAUACAACAUUUUAACUACAUUUAUAGAUCAGAAAAGUGGAAAAAGCAUAAUAGGUCCCCUUUAAAAGAGAUCUGACAUAAUGUAAGCCAACCAAACUCUCAGGUCCUGUAAUAACACUCAUAGAUUUUAAGGAGAUUCGAUCUAUAGUACAGGUAUCAGUGUAAAUGUUUAAACUAUCAGGGAUUAUUAUUGUUGAAGAGGGAACCCUGUUGAUUUUGAAUAAUAUCCAAUACAAAUGUUAAACAGUCAGGAUGCUCACUAAAGGGUGCUCUAGUUUGCAACCCAAACUUCUACUUUUAUAGACUACAGUUGUUCAAUAUAUCUAAGGAACCCUGCUGGUUUGGGGAAUUUUACACAAAAUAAACUUUCAGGUCCUUAUAUCAACAAUCCUAGUGAUUUCAAAGGAUGUUAGCUACUGUUGAGGAUUUGUUUUCUUUGUAAAGGUUAGCACUUAAACUGUCAGAUAUCUAAGAUAGAACCCUGCUGCUUUUGAAUGAGAUCAAAGACUAGAUGGAUUAGAAGGACUAUAAAAAACAAUCCUAUUAAUUUUAAAGGACAUGUGACCCAAGACAGUCCAGGUAGCUAAGGUCACUCUGAUUUUAAACUACGGGAGUAUUGUUGUAGAGUUAAAAUCUUUAUUUUUUUUUUAAACAAGAUUUGAUCAAGAAGCAGUAGGUAGUCAAAUGAGCCAUAUUGUGAGAGUGUUUAUUUUUGCUCAACCAAUCACAAACAACCUUUCUGAUUUGAAUGGGUGUCUGACACGGCUAACUAGGCUAAUGUCAGAUGUUAGCUUGCACAGUACACUUUGUAGAAGUCUAAUUUUCCUUCACCUCUUUCACUAUACAAUAGCAAGAUUCCAACUAACUACAGAAUGUAGCCUAUUUUUAUUUGCUUGGUGUCAUAUUCUAUAAAUAUGUAUAAUAUAAAAAAAAGGCUAAUAGCCACUUGCUUUGUCACCUGUAAAACACAAUUGACUAAAACACAACAAUUUGGGCACCCCUUGAACUUAACAAAUCAUGCAGUUUUCAUUGUGUGCCAAAGACAAAAUUGUCAUAUAUGAAUGAAGCAUAAUGUAAGUGGACGACAGUCUCUCUAGUAUCCCAUCCAUCCAUAUGUCAUAGUUGAUCAGGACUGUUUACAACCCUCACACGACACUCCUGAGCUUUAGCCAUCCAACCAUUGGUGCCUUCUCCGCCUCAACACACUCCCCACAUCAGGCAUUUUUGGAGCAAAUGAGAACAUUAAAAAAAAGCCAUCUGAUAAGUCUUUGCACCUUGAUCCCGAUUUGGGAAAAUAAAUGUGGGAUAUUUUUCUUGAUGAUCUCUAUAUGUAGCAGUCACACAUUAUAUUUAUGUCGUCACACUCCCCUUUGCCAUAUGCUGAGCUACUACAAAAUGAUGCAUCACUUAUUUGGUAACAGGUAAACGUGAUUUUAUUUUCUCACAGAGACUCACUUUGAGGUGGUGCAGGCAGGUGGCGUA